CUUGGUGGACGAAGAAGAGAUGAAAGCAAGAAUAAGUUAUUAGUCCAGCAGCAAGUGGGUUAAUAGAUCCAUCCUUUCGGGCGCAUGCGUUCUUUUUCCUCUCUGACUGCGGCUUUGAGGGUGGAGUGACGUUGAUCAAAUGGUAGGAAAAGGCGGGUAGUUCUUGUGUGGAGGACAGAGGCAGCGCCGGCUUGAAGUUGCCUUUUGCAAAUAUAUUAAAAGGGUAAAAGUGAGAGCUGGUGGCGCCCGGAACGCUGUUGUUUGAAGCACUGGGGCGAAGGGCCGAAUCGUGCAGUGUCUUUCAGGAGGAGCUGGGAGAAUUACUGGGCUUUGUCCUUGAGUUUUUUAAAAUCACCAUAUGCGUCCCACGCUUACCAGUUUCAGUGAAACUUGUCUGGCAGAGGCAGUGCGCCGACUAUCAGAAUAACCCUAGCGGUUCGAUACACGCGGGUUAUUUUGUAUCCUUUAACUGCAACAUGUCUGCCUGUCUACUGAAUUCUCCAUAAGCAGAGGCACUCUUGCACUGUCCGGGCCCUCGCUGUGUGAAAUUAUUAAUUACCUGUUUGAUACAAAGCCCCAUUUCUUUUCUUUAGCCUUCUUUCAACCUUUAUUUCGGACUUGAACUCAAUUUUGCCGUCAAUCUUUCUUUAAAAUUAAUUGCAUGUUAUUACCUCGAGCUGUGACGAAGCAGAUUAUGGCUCUCCACUUACACAACUGGAUUUUGAUACUGGCGAGCUGCACGAAUUUUUAUUCUGAAGCCUCAAAACUGAACAUUCCCAAAGUUUUACUUCCCUAUGCUAGAAGCACAACUGUCAACUUUACACUAGAAGCGGCGGAAGGAUGUUAUAAAUGGUGGUCAACAAGACCAGAGGUUGCAAGUAUUGAACCCAUAAACCCAAAUGAUCGGCAAUGUUCGCAAAGAGCAGUUGUUGUGGCACAUGCAUCCCAACCAGCACGCCUCACCAGUAUUAUAUUUGCUGAAGAAAUAGCAAUUGGGCGCGUAUUGAGGUGUGAUGCAAUAGUUGAUAUCAUCAGCGAGAUUGAAAUUGUGUCCACAACUCGUGAACUUUAUUUAGAAGAUUCGCCACUAAAAUUGAGAAUUCGAGCUUUGGAUGCAGAAGGCAACACAUUCAGCACAUUGGCAGGAUUAGUGUUUGAAUGGAAUAUAGUCAAAGAUACAGAAGCUGCUGGAUAUUUGGAUUCUCACAAUGCAUUGCGGAUACUUAAGUUUUCUGAAUCUACCUACACUCCACCUACUUACAUAUCUGAAAUGGAGAAACAUGGCAAACAAGGGGAUACAGUCUUGGUGUCAGGAAUGAAAACUGGAAAUUCAAAGUUGAAAGGAAAAAUACAAGAAGCAAUUUACAAGAAUGUGCCAGCUGCAGAAGUACGACUCCUUAUCCUGGAAAACAUUAUGCUGAAUCCAGCUUAUGAUAUUUACCUGAUGGUGGGCACCUCUAUUCAUUAUCGGGUACAGAAGAUAAGACAAGGGAAGGUCACAGAACUAAUGAUGCCUUCUGAUCAGUAUGAAUUAGAGCUGCAAAAUAGCAUAAUAAGUCCAGGGGGAGAUGCAAAUCAACCAGUGGGCAAACUAAAGCAAGCCAUGUCAACAGUAACCGCACUGCAGCAAGGGCAAACAAACCUGGUGCUGAUGCAUAAAAGUAUUCGUAUGCAAGGUGUAUCCCGGUUACCAAACUGCACAAUUUAUGUCGUUGAGCCACGUUACCUAGGUUUUACAGUUCACCCUGGAGACAGAUGGAUUUUGGAAACUGGGAAAAUGUAUGGUCUAACUAUUGAAGUGUAUGAUAAAGAAAGCAAUAAACUUUAUCUAUCUGAUGAUAUCCGAAUUAAUACUGAAAUUCCAAAGGAGUAUUUUGAAAUACUGGAGACCUCUGUGAAUGGAUCAUACCAUCGUGUAAAAGCUCUGAAGAAAGGUCAAACAAUAAUUGAUGCUUCAUUAACCAAUGUGGUUUCUCAGAAUGGAAUUGUACAUUCCCUGCCAGUCCCUGUGCGAAACCAACAGGAUGUCGAAAUUUAUAAUCCAAUAGUUCUUACGCCAAGCAUUUUGACAUUUCCUUGGCAGCAGAUGGCUGGAACUUAUCAGUAUGCAAUAAAGGCAGAAGGUGGGAGUGGAAAUUUUACCUGGUCAUCAUCCAGCCAGGCUGUGGCAACAGUGACAGUUAAAGGGAUUAUGACAACAGCAAGCGAUAUAGGGUUAAGUGUAAUACAAGCGCAUGAUGUUCAGAAUCCAUUACACUAUGGGCAAAUGAUGGUUUAUGUAAUAGAGCCAAUCCAAAUGGAGUUCACACCUUGCCAGGUAGAAGCUCGAGUCGGACAAACAUUGGAUUUACCGCUCAAAAUUUACGGUCUGAUGAACGUGGAAACAAAUGAAAAAGUUAUGUUAACUGACUGCUCCCAUUUUGAUCUUGUGGUGGAGAUUGAAAACCGUGGUAUUUUCAAAACUAUAGAAGAGAGAUUGGAACCAGGCCCUAAGCACUGCAGUGGAAUAAGAGUUCAAGCUGAGGCUCAGGGUUACACCACUCUUGUGGUUAGUUAUAGUCACGGCCAUGUGUACCUUACUGCUACCAUCACUAUUGUUGCAUAUGUGCCACUCAAAGCUGUUGAUCCAGUAUCUGUUGCUUUGGUAACUUUGGGAUCCUCAAAGGAUAUGCUGUUUGAGGGAGGGCCCAGGCCAUGGGUCUUGGAGCCCUCAAAGUUUUUCACUGAUCUUACAGCUGAAAAUGAAGGAAGUAUUGUUCUCCAUCUGAUUAGUUCCCCAGCAUUUAGAAAUCAACCUAAACAUGUGGUGAGAGCUACCUGUACAGCACUGGGAGAGCAGGUUUUGGCUUUGACAGUAGGGAACAAGCCUAGUUUAAAAAAUACCUUCCCUGCAGUGGAACCAGCUGUUGUCAAGUUUGUUUGUGCUCCUCCAUCCAGGCUCACAUUGGUUCCUGUAUACCUGAAUCCACAGCUGGACCUAUCAUGUCCUUUGCUUCAACAAAAUAAACAAGUGGUUCCUGUGUCAAACUAUCGUAACCCAGUCCUUGACUUGGAAGCAUAUGACCAGCAAGGACGUAGAUUUGACAACUUUUCUUCCCUUAGUAUUAUCUGGGAAUCAUCAAAACUUUCCCUAGCCAGCAUUGAACUCAGUAUGCCUAUGCAAAUGAAUGAAAAAGAUCACGGAAAUGGACAAAAAAAGCAACAUGGUUUGCAGACUGUGCUGGUUCAUCGUGAAUCAGGGACUACUUCAAUCACAGCAACUGCAACAGGCUAUCAGCAAGAGCAUCUCAGUGCAGCUAAAGUUAAAUCUAGGUAUGAUCCAUUAAUACCUGUAUCUGCUACAAUUGAAUUGUUGCUUGUGGAAGAUGUUAAAAUCAUCCCGGAUAAUAUCACCAUUUACAACCAUCCUAACAUUAAGGCAGAGCUUUCACUCAAGGAAGGAUCAGGAUACUUUUUCAUUAAUACAAGUGCAACAAAUCUAGCAAAGGUUGACUAUCAGGAGGCCCAGUUCAUUGCUCAGGUGCAGCCAAUACAUCCAGGAAUUUUAACAGUUUUAGUCCAUGAUUUGUGUCUUGCUUUUUUGGGGCCUGCUAGAGCUCAAGUACAUGUGUCUGACAUACUGGAGGUAUACAUACGAGUUGUGGAUAAGGUGGAGAUUGGUAACACGGUUAAAGCCUAUGUGCGAGUACUGGAUUAUUCAAAAAAACCUUUCUUUUCUAAAUAUUUCCAAUUCAUGAAUUUAAAGCUGAAAGCAGCCUCUCAAAUACUUUCUUUAGAGCCACUUGAUGAAAUCCUUGAUGAUUACACUGCAAGCUUUACAGUUCAAGGUAAUGCAAUAGGACAGACCAGUUUGACAGCAACUGUAACAAGCAAGGAUGGCAAAAAGCUAAGUUCUGCACCUCAGCAAGUAGAAGUAUUUCAUCCCUUUCGAUUGAUUCCAAGAAAAGUAACACUCAUUGUGGGUGCAAUGAUGCAGAUUACUUCUGAAGGAGGUCCGCAGCCACAGUCCAACAUCUUGUUUUCUAUAAAUGAUCAAAACCUUGCUACAGUAAAUAACAUUGGGCAUGUAAGAGGACUUGCAGUUGGAAGUGGCAAAGUGACUGGCGUGGUUCAAGCUGUUGAUGCUGAAAGUGGCAAAGUAGUGGUCAUUUCUCAGGAUGAAGUAGAAGUGGAAGUAGUUCAGCUUAAAGCUGUAAGAAUACAUGCGCCCAUUACAAGAAUGAAGACUGGCACUCUGAUGCCAAUUUAUGUAAUGGGAAUUACAAGCAACCAGACACCAUUUACAUUUGGUAAUGCAAUACCAGGUCUGACAUUUCAUUGGUCUGUCACUAAAAGGGACAUUAUUGACCUUGGCACAAGGCAUUCUGAGGCAUCUUUUCAACUUACAGCAAGUAAUAACUUCGCAUUGUACGUGUACAGUCGAGUGAAAGGCAGAACAGGGUUGAAAGUUGUUGUGAAAGCUACAGAUCCAACAGCUGGACAAUUUGAAAAUAAAGCCAGAGAAUUGUCGGAUGAAAUGCAGAUUCAGGUGUUUGAAAAAUUACAUUUGCUCGACCCUGAAGUUGAAGCUGAGCAGAUACUAAUGUCACCAAACUCUUUCCUGAAACUUCAAACAAAUCGAGAUGGUGUGGCUUCUCUCAGUUAUCGAGUACAAGACUCUUCUGACAAAACUCCUGUGGUACAAGUGGAUGAAAAUGGAUUUCUCACAUCUGGUCCCAUAACUGGAACUUCAACAAUUGAAGUGAUCUCUGAAGAGCAGUUUGGUAUAAACCAGACAAUCACUGUUGCAGUUAAGGUUGCACCUGUCUCUUACUUGAGAAUCAGCACAAGUCCAGUAAUACAUACACUUAACAAGGAGUCUCCAUCAGCUAUUCCAGUGGGGAUAACUUUAACUUUGACUGUUCAUUUCCAUGACCAUUCUGGAGACACCUUCCAUGCUCAGAAUACAAUAAUAAACUUUGCUAUGAACAGGGAUGACAUGCUGCAGAUUGGCAAAGGAACCAUUAAUAACACCUUUAUAAUAAGGGCUGUGAAUGUGGGGCUGACUUUGUUGCGAGUCUGGGACACAGAGCAUACUGGAAUUGCAGAUUAUAUUCCCUUGCCUGUUGAACAUUUCAUUUAUCCUGACUUGCUGGGAGAUAUUGUGGUUGGUGAUGUCAUCUGUUUCAGCAGUAACCUAGUUAAUCAGGAAGCGCAAUUAGGAGUUUGGAGUUCAUCUUCUGGUAAUAUUCUUCAGAUUAACCCAAAGACCGGCACUGCAGUUGCAAGAGAUUCUGGGUCUGUCACUGUUUAUUAUGAAGUACCAGGACAUCUCAAAACCUACAAAGAGCUGGUGAUUAAGAGUGCUUGGAAGACUGUUGCACAAGUGCAAAGUGGUACACUUUUGACAAGCCAACCAGAUGCUGCACCAUUUAAGGUGUCUGUUAUCAUAGGAGAGAGCAGCAAUAAUUUGAAAGGAGACUGUACAGCUGCACAUGUCGAAGCAGUUGCUAAAAUACACCCCGAAUCCAGUGUCACUUGCGAUCUCUAUUUUAAUAAUGGGGCAAUAGAAAUCCCACCUGAAGAUUUGUUUAAUGUUAAAACAGGAUUUGAUACACAUACAGGACAUUACACUUGUUCUAUUACAAUGCAGAAGUUGUCUGACCACCAACUGAAAGAACUUAGUAAAGCCAAAACAUCUGUCAGUGUGAAAGCUUCGAUAUCUGAUGCUCAUUUCAUCAGAGAACAAACUGGUGCUAGCAUUCCAUUUUUACCUGGUUUUUAUACUGAUCAGUCUGAGAUCCUUUUGAGCAACCUAUAUACAGCUGCUGAAAUUACAGUGUUUGGAACUUCUGAAAUUCUUGGGAGUCUAGAGGUUAAACCAGGAUCACCAUUGAUAGUUAUUCAAGAAAAGGAAAAAUUCUAUGGCCUACAAAGCUAUGUGAAGUUUACAGUCGCCUUGUCUGAUACUAGGCUAAUAAGCCAGGGAUCCAUGUCAACAACUCUUGUCAUUUCCAACUCAAUGACAGACCAGUCAGUCUCUAUUCCUGUGAAAGUCCUGCACAUUUCUGAUAAAAAUGCAGACGCGCAACCUGAUAUCACAGCAGCUCACUGGGAAGGCGUUGGUUUCUUCCAGCAGUUCAUUCAGUCUUACCAAGUUAUGUUCUUCACACUUUUUGCACUACUUGCUGCGACUGCAAUUAUGAUUAUUGCCUAUCAUGCAUUCUUUUCACCACGGGAGCUGAUUCAUCACCCAGCAUUUAUUACUCAGACCCCGCCUCGAAGAGGGUUUCCUGCACCUCCUACUCACUUUAAUACAAGCAUGCACUCGAGUGGUAAAAGCAGUCCACGGUCCAGAUUGUGGAGUACAGGUUAUCCAUCCAACGGAUCUUCACCGGGGAACACUUGAUAUGAGAAAAAGAAUGCCCAACACAACCAAGGAGCAUCUUUCCACAGUCUUUCUAAAUUAUAGUGCCUUAUUUUCAGUUUUUUUUACUUUUUAAUCCCUACCUCUCAUGAAGGCAAUUGAUCUCCUUGUUCGUGUGUUUGCACAAGCACUAUUCAAUCUUAAAUAUCCUGCAUGGCUAGUGAUGCUUAGAUGGAUAGUGUCAGCAGGUUGUUCAAAAAUAGGGGCAUCAUAGCCAUAUGUUGUGUUGUCCCAACUUGGCUUUCAUGCAUGAGAAGUUGCCGGGUUGUGGUACAGUGAUGAGGAAUGCUAGUCAUUUUCUUUCUCCUCAACUCAGGAGGAUUGAGGCCAAUCAGAGUACCUGACUUCCAUUCCAGCUUGGAACAGUAAUUAAGCCCAGGUCUCAUUGGCUGAGUUAUCUCUUAGAAAAAGUUUUGAGCCAUUAGGCAGCUCUCCAGUGUGUCCCUUUAAAAUGUUGAAUUGAACAAUUUUUACAAAAUAAGAUGUGAAUAUCCACAUGGAAAAAUUAACCCUGUGGUAGAUGAAUGCAUUUGCUGUAAUCCUGACUAGUUUACUUGUAAUAAACAGUGGAAUUCAAAAUAAGUAUGUUUUGCAGUUAAUGAUUUUUGUAAUGUCACAGUGUGAAUUAUACUUGGAUUUUUUUUUUUGCUGUUUGUGAAAGUACCUGAAGCUUUUUUAUUUGACUGGCUGCUUUGAAGUCAUGCUUAUUUUGUAAUAUUUUAACUUUAUUUUGAGCAGCAAAGAGCCUGAAUUGCAUUUUUCUGUGAAAUUGUAUGAAUAAAGAAUGGUAAAGUUUAUUUGGUAAUGUUUAACAUUGAGCAUUUGAUAGGUUUUUUAAACUAAUGAUUUUGUAGUAUUAAUCUUUACAUUUGGAUUAUCGCAGAAAGAGCAGGAACUUCAAUAAAUAGAAAGUUUUUAAUAGCAGGUCAAGUACAAUUUGAGAAAUAUGGAACCAUUGUAAAUCCAAUGUACCCAUUCUUUUGUUUUUUCAGACAGUUGUUAAUGGUCCUUCUGUGUGAUAACUCUGCUUUUCUAUGACUGACAUAAUACCUCAGCACAGUAGCUGAACCAAGAUUGUGCUUGUAGCUGUAACGUAACAAAUAAUGUGAAGAGUAUGCAGCAUAUCUUAAAUGCUAAGUUUACUUGAACAGACCAAAUGCUUAGCAUCAUGUGAUCAUUUAGUUUAGCCCGAUUUACCUGUUCAUGUGGAUAAUUUUAGUUCAUCCUUGAAGUUGUAUCACUGACGUGCCUUAAAAACCACUGUAACUAAUGAAUGAUAAGAAUAUGAAAUGUAGUGAAACUACCAGCAUUUUUCAGUUUAUUUGCAAAGUGAUGCAUUGUGCUGUUUUUUGUGUUUGUCAAAUAAUAAAUGUCACCAAAGACAUUCUUCUUUA